AUUGCAGUUGAGACACUAAGCUGGUAGCUAAAAUCAGGAACCGGGCUCAAAAGUUUCUGUUACCUAAGCUACUCUCGUUGGGAAAAGAGAUAUACGAGGAAUGGAAUCCAUGAACGAUAUAAUUGAUUCGCAAGCGUUCAGCCACCAGCAAUUGAUCGUGGAAACAACUGAGUUCAUAGGAGAGGUUGGGCAGGAGAGAACACAAAAACUGAAUCAGACGCCGACUGGUGAGUCAGAUGCAUUGAACGGAAUGAAGUACGUAAAGUCGCCGACACUGCAGACGUUGAUCGCAAGCACAGACAGUGUUGGCCGGAUACAUGACGGUGAUGAGGACAAUGCAGAUGAACUGGAGGACGGCGAGGAAGGGGCGGAGCACAGUUCAUCUGUGGUCAUGGUAAUCGACGAACUGGGCAGCGGCAGCACUUUGCAGACAACGUAUCAAUUAGUGCCUGAACAACUGCAACUACAGGAUGGGCCCAGGGCUCUAUCCUUACUGCCCAUGCACCAUGCAGAUGAGCCACCCGUUAGUCCAGUUGAAUUCGAUGGCUCUGAUGACAUAAGUUUGGAUGGCCUAUCAACGCAAAUCAUAGCCGUUAAGCAGGAGCACAAACUGGUCAUAGUGCAACGGGAUCCGGAUACCAAUAGGAUCAUUAAUCGACGCACCAGUCCUCACCUUGGCCUUAAUAUGUCGCAUGUGAAUGUUAUUGAUGAAUUGUCCUCAGAUGGCAUCGAGGAAGUUACUUUAAAUCAGCACCAUCAACAGCUGCUUGAUGAACAGCAGCAUCAUCAUCAACAUCACCAGCACAACCUUCAGCAGCAGCAGCAACACCAGCAUCAUCAACAGAAUCUCUUACAAUACGGACAGCGUCUGGUUACUACAUCCGAAAUAAUUCAUCAUCAUCAUCAGCAGCAGCAGCAUCAACAGCAACGUCAGUUAGCAUCGGGUCAAGGAUCUCAUAGAGAAUCGCUUUCAGUAAUUGUUCAGACUCACGAUGACGAUGAUGAUGACAUUGAUGACGAUGAUGAGGAGGUUGAUGAACACGUUUCGGCUAGUCAAUCGCUUAGUCCGCCACUGACCGUCGAGCAUAGCACCUACCAAACAUUGACUUCAGUCAACAAUCAUCGCAUAUCAGAGCCGAGUUUCAGUCCGACAUCAUAUGCUACGCUAACACCAAUUCAGCCGCUGCCCCCAAUUUCGACAAUGUCCGAUAAAUUCGCCUAUGCAGGUGGACAUAUCAACUCAGGCAACGGGAAUAGCAACAACAACAAUGCAACAAUUCGAUCGAAUAAUAAUAAUAAUAGCAGCAAUAGCAAUUCAGAUCAAACGUUUACCAACAGCUUGCCCUUGCCGAUUGAGGCGACACAUCAGGGCUCGUUGUCAAAUUUGAACCUAAGUGGGUUGGUCUCGGACGUGCAGUCUUCAUAUUCAAACUCGUACGAUAAAUUGCCUUCACUGAUAUCACCUACGCCUCACACCUACGCCAGCUCGCCGUCACAAGGACUCUCUGGCUUGGUUAAUACAUGCGAUCUGCAAAGUCACAGCUCGACGGUGUCCUCCCCAGUGAAUGGCUCUCCUGCUGGUGGUCAUCUGCAGUUGCAUAAGGCAUCGACGGCAUCCAUAGGAGUGACUAUACAAAAGCAGGUGAUUUGCCUCUCGCCAACAACAGCUACUAGCAUAGCUGAUUAUGAAGCAUCAUAUCGUCCUAGCCAACAGCCUGACCAAGAGAUACUCAUGUCUAGAGCCGAUACGACAGAUCGCAACGCUCAGUUAAGGCUCCAGCAUAGUCCAACACUCAGCUCCCCUUCGGUUUCAGCAGCCUCCGUUGUCUCCAUGUCUUUACACUCGCCGGCCUCUGUAGUAACGCUGCCCCACAUUAAUGGAUCGGUCAACAAUUUAAGUGCAGACUUGCCAGUCGUUGUCAACAUGUCACCAACACCGACCACAGUGGGUGGCAAUGAUAGCUCGAUCGACGAGCUGGUCCAGCAACAGCUUAAGAGUCAGCACAACAGCAGCAACGCGGAUUGCCAUGUGAAGAAUGAUGUUCUCAACAGUCUCGAUAUCUGCAACAUAAAUCAACAGCAACAUCAGCAAAAUGGCUUCAAUUCAGAUCAAGCGCAGCCGCUACAACACCAGCAGCAACAGAAGUUGUCUCCGAAGUUGGGUGGAGUUGCCGCUAAUCCAGUAUCACGCUCGACAGCUGCUGCUCCGAAUGACAUGGAAGAGAUAAAUACCAAAGAGUUGGCUCAGCGCAUUUCUGCAGAGCUCAAGCGCUAUAGCAUACCUCAGGCAAUAUUUGCCCAACGGGUGCUAUGUCGUUCACAGGGCACUCUGUCCGAUCUGUUGCGCAAUCCAAAGCCCUGGUCGAAACUGAAAUCGGGUCGUGAAACCUUUCGACGCAUGUUCAAAUGGCUGCAGGAGCCAGAAUUUCAGCGGAUGUCUGCACUACGAAUGGCUGCUGCUCAAAUACCCCAGCGACCAUCAGCAGGAGCUGGAACUGGAUCCGGUAACGCCAACAUCAUAUUCGCAUCAACAACGCCGCCUGGCUCGGGCUCGACAAUCGUUUCAGGAACGAGCUCAGUUGCAGUAACGCCAUCGACCACUUUGCAUACCAACGAAAGUUCAGGGACGACGCAUGGAUCAAGCACUGCAACAAAUGCAAUGCUAAGCAGUUCGGGUCUUGUCUCCAGCUGUCGUCGCAAAGAGGAGCCGCAUAUAGAGCAAAUGCCGCAACCGAAAAAGCCCCGUUUAGUUUUUACAGAUCUGCAGCGACGGACACUACAAGCAAUUUUUAAGGAAACAAAGAGGCCGUCAAAGGAGAUGCAAGUUACGAUUGCACGCCAGCUUGGAUUGGAGCCAACGACAGUGGGCAACUUUUUUAUGAAUGCGCGAAGACGCUCAAUGGACAAAUGGCGCGACGACGAUAAUAAGAAUUCACAACAUUCGCAUAGUAGACAGCACCAGCACCAACAGCAACACGAGCACCAGUACCAAAACCAGCAAGAUCAACAGCCUCAGCACCAGCAGCAGGAGGAGGAAGAAGAGCGAAUUAGUGGACACUAUGGCAACCUGCACACGACAGCAAUGUCACCUUUGGGCAAUUUCGAGGAUAAUGGUGAAAUGGACUUGGAGUUAGAGCACCACGACUUCUUAGUUGAUGAUCAUGAUGAUGAUGAGCACGAGCAGCACGAUGACAUAUUGUGACAUAACGGAGAAUGUCUAGACGAAGAGCUAACACCAAAUUCCUGUAAGCUUGACGCCUAUGUCGAUUCAAAGGACCAUUUCAAAUUCAACAAAAAGAAGAACAUACAGCAGCAGGAUCACCACAAGAAGAAACGCAACUUU